AUGUUGUCUACAAGUGGAAAUAAUACUUUUGUGGAAAAAGAGUUGGACCUAAAAUGUGCCCGGACAAACCCUAACCAAAGUUUGGAAGGACCAAAAAGACUUGGAUAUUUCUCGCUCUAUUGCAAUUAUGAAAAUGAAAGUGUUUAUUGUCCAGAUAAAUCAGCUCUUCGGUAUUUGAACUUAAUACCUAAUCCAGUCUCUAUCGACUGCCUUCAAGGAUAUGAUCCAAAUACCAAGUAUCGAUAUGAACUGUCAAAAAGAACAUACUUAUCUCGAUGGAUUCUGGAGAAUGAAACAAUCGUGCGCAACUUGCAUUACGAUUUUAUCUGUAAUAAUGGUGUACUGAAAGAUAUCAUGAUUUCUCCAUAUUAUGAAUUCGAUUGGAACCUUUCUGCUGUCAAAAUCAGAGGAAAGAUUGAACUUAAUAAGAUCACUUCCACUGGGGAAAAAGAUUUGAUUGAUGGACGUUUCGAGCAGAGCAAUAAAUUGAUGUACGUUGCAAAUAAUUUACAACGUUUGAUUACUAAGAAUAGCAAUCAUUCUCAGGGUACUUCUGGAAGGGAAGAGGAUUCAUUUUAUGGUGUUUUUCAUUCAAAGAUUGGGUCUCACCAAAUAUUACAUUCAGGAUAUUUGGGUUGUGUUGAAAGUGAACAAGAACUGGAUAAACCAUUUGACGAAAUGAAGUUUGUUUUGAUCAAAAAGUUCAAUGGGCCGAGAGUAUCACAUUUAUCUUGCCAUGCUAACAUUUGGUGGUCAUUGGCUACUCUUACUGGAGUUGAUACAGUUAUCCGUGCUAAAUGCGAACGAGAUUUUACAAUUAAAAAUAUCGAUAAGUUGAAUGUAGACAAUUUAAUUAAGGAACAGAGACAAAUGGCAUUUGUUAUUGCAUUAAACAUGGUUCUUGAUCAUGUCAAGUCAAUUGUUACAGAGGAAAACAAAUGCUAUAACUUUCAUUUCAAUGGCAAGGAUAAAAAGUCGACUGGCUACGUGAAGAUGGAUCUAGUAUCGGAGUCUAUCAUCGAACAUUAA